UUCAAGUUUAAAACAGAUUUGUAUUUAGCAUUGGGGAGGCGUGUUGUUACUUUGAACGUACUUUGAAUGGCCUGUCGUACCUCAAGGAUUACCUGUACUACUUUUAUUGACAUCUUCUGCGUCUGUUUUAUAAACAUUAAAACUUACACUUUCAUUUUAAUCUUAUAGAUAAGGAUGAUGCCAAUAUCAGCACACUGGACAACAAGCAACAUUGAAAAGCAAAUGUGAUUCAUAGAAGGAUACCCUUAGGAGAAAUGCCCUACAACUGCUCCCAAUGUGGUAAAUGCUUUAGCAAGCAUGGCAACUUUGUGGUACAUCAGAGGACUCACACCGGAGAGAAACCAUAUGAGUGUCCAGAUUGUGGGAAAAGUUUCGGUUAUCGUUCUAACCUGGUGAAACACCUGAGGACUCACACAGGAGAGAAACCAUAUGAGUGUCCUGAUUGUGGGAAACAUUUCAGUUGGUAUUCCAACAUGGUGAACCACCAGAGGAUUCACACAGGUGAGAAACCGUACAAGUGUCUAGAGUGUGGGAAAUGUUUCAGUCAGUAUUCCUCCCUGGUGAAACACCACAGGACUCACACAGGAGAGAAACCCUUUGAAUAUCCUGACUCUGGGAAAAGUUUCAGUCAAAAUUCCAGCUUCGUGAAACACCAGAGGACUCACACAGGAGAGAAACCCUUUGAAUGUCCUGAUUGUGGGAAAACUUUCAGUUUUCAUUCUAUUCUCAUGAGACACCAGAGGACUCACACAGGAGAAAAACCGUACGAGUGUCUAGAGUGUGGGAAAUGUUUCAGUCAGAGUUCCCACCUUGUGAUACACAACAGGACUCACACAGGAGAGAAACCCUUUGAAUGUCCAGAUUGUGGGAAAAGUUUCAGUUUGUAUUCCAACUUAGUGAGCCACCAGAGGAUUCACACAGGGGAGAAACCAUACAAGUGUCUAGAGUGUGGGAAAUGUUUCAGUCAGAGUUCCAACCUUGUGAAUCACCUGAGGACUCAUACAGGAGAGAAACCCUUUGAAUGUCCUGAUUGUGGGAAGCUUUUCAGUGAGAAAUCCUCCUUGAGGUAUCACCAGAGAACUCACACAGGUGAAAAACCUUUUGAAUGUCCUGAUUGUGGAAAAAACUUCAGUCAGAGUUUCCACCUAGUGAUACACCAGAGGUCACACACCGGAGUGAAACCAUACAAGUGUCCAGAUUGUGGGAAGAGUUUCGGUUAUCGUUCUACCCUGGUAAAACACCAGAAGACUCACACAGAAAAGAAACCAUGUGAGUGUCCUGAUUGUGGGAAACAUUUCAGUUUGUAUUCCAGCUUGGUAAAACACCAGAGGAUUCACACAGGGGAAAAACCGUACAAGUGUCUAGAGUGUGGGAAAUGUUUCAGCCAGAAAUCCUCCUUGGUGAACCACCACAGGACUCACAAAGGCGAGAAACCCUUUGAAUGUCCUGAUUGUGGGAAAAGUUUCAGUCAAAAUUCCAGCCUGGUGAAACACCAGAGAACUCACACAGGGGAGAAACCCUUUGAAUGUUCUGGUUGUGGGAAACAGUUUGGUCGGAAUUCUCACCUAGUGAGCCAUCAGAGGACUCACACAGGAGAGAAACCCUUUGAAUGUGCUAUUUGUGGGAAAAGUUUCAGUCACAAUUCCAGCCUGGUGAAACACCAGAGGACUCACACAGGAGACAAACCCUUCGAAUGUCCUAAAUGUGGGAAAAGCUUUAGUACGAAUUCCCACUUAAUAAUACACCAGAGGACUCACACAGGAGAGAAACCCUUUGAAUGUCCUGAUUGUGGGAAAAGUUUCAGUCAAAAAUCGUCCUUGGUGUAUCACCAGAGGACUCACACAGGAGAAAAACCUUUUGAAUGUCCUGAUUGUGGGAAAGGUUUCAGUCAGAAUUCCAGUCUAGUGAACCACCAGAGGAUUCACACAGGAGAGAAACCCUUUGAAUGUCCUGAGUGUAGGAAACAUUUCAGUAAGAAAUCCUCCUUAGUUUAUCACCAGAGAACCCACAAAGGAGAGAAAUCUUUCGAAUGUCCUGAUUGUGGGAAAAAAUUCACUCUCAAUUCCAACCUUGUGAUACACCAGAGGACUCAUACAGGAGAAAAACCCUUUGAAUGUUCUAUUUGUGGGAAAAGUUUCAGGCACAAUACCACCCUGGUGAAACACGACAGGAUUCACACCGGAGAGAAACCCUUUGAAUGUCCUGAAUGUGGGAAAAGCUUCAGUUCCCAUUUUAACCUGUUGAACCAUCAGAGGAUUCACACAGGGGAGAAACCGUACAAUUGUCUAGAGUGUGGGAAAAGUUUCAGUGUGAAUUCCAGUCUGGUGAUACACCAGAGGACUCAUACAGGAGAAAAACCCUUUGAAUGUUCUAUUUGUGGGAAAAGUUUCAGGCACAAUACCACCCUGGUGAAACACAACAGGAUUCACACAGGAGAUAAACCCUUUGAAUGUCCUGAAUGUGGGAAAAGCUUCAGUUCCCAUUUUAACCUGUUGAACCAUCAGAGGAUUCACACAGGGGAGAAACCGUACAAUUGUCUAGAGUGUGGGAAAAGUUUCAGGCACAAUGCCACCCUGGUGAAACACCACAGGAUUCACACAGGAGAGAAACCCUUUGAAUGUCCUGAAUGUGGGAAAAGCUUCAGUUCUCAUUUUAACCUGUUGAACCAUCAGAGGAUUCACACAGGGGAGAAACCGUACAAUUGUCUAGAGUGUGGGAAAUGUUUCAGUGUGAAUUCCAGUCUGGUGAUACACCAGAGGUCUCACACAGGAGAGAAACCCUUUAAAUGUCCUGAAUGUAGAAAAAGUUUCAGUCAGAAUGGCCACCUCAUUAGCCACCAGAGGAUUCACACAGGAGAGAAACCAUUUGAAUGUCCUGAUUGUGGGAAACAUUUCAGUCAGAAUUCCAGUCUAGUGGACCACCAGAGGACUCACACAGGAGAGAAACCCUUUGAAUGUGUUAUUUGUGGGAAAUGUUUCGGUCACAAUUCCAACCUGGUGAAACACCAGAGGACUCAUACCGGAGAGAAACCCUUUGAAUGUCCUGAUUGUAGGAAACAAUUCAGUAAGAAAUCCUCCUUGGUUUAUCACCAGAGAAAUCACACAGGAGAAAAACCUUUUGAAUGUCCUGAUUGUGGGAAAAAUUUCACUCUCAAUUCCAACCUUGUGAUACACCAGAGGACUCACACAGGAGAGAAACCAUACAAGUGUCCAGAUUGUGGGAAAAGUUUCAGUUACCGUUCUACCUUCAUCAUCCACGAGAGGAUCCACACUGGAGAGAAGCCGUACAAGUGUUCGGUCUGCGAGACGUGGUUCUCUCAUCCCUCCGAGCUGAUGCGGCACGAGGAGACCCACAUGCCCGAGAAGCCGCACAAAUGCGCCGUCUGCGGCAAAAGCUUCAACCAGAAAGCCUCCCUCAUCACCCACGAGCGGACGCACACGGGGGAGAAGCCCUACGAGUGCUCCGAGUGCGGGAAGAGCUUCAGCACCAGCUCCCAGCUUAUCACCCAUAAGAGGGUCCACACGGGGGAGAAGCCCUACAGUUGCUCCUACUGCGGGAAGAACUUCAACCAGAAGGCCUCCCUGAUCACGCACAAGCGGACGCACACGGGCGAGAAGCCCUACGAGUGCACCCUCUGUGGGAAGAGCUUCAGCGCCUGCUCCCAGAUCAUCAACCACAUCCGGGUCCACACGGGAGAGAAGCCCUACGAGUGCCUGGAGUGCGGGAAGCGUUUCGGCAGCAGCUCCCACCUGACGGAUCACAAGCGGACGCACACGGGCGAGAAGCCAUACAAGUGCCCCGACUGCGGGAAGAAUUUCAGCCGGAGUUCCAACCUUACGGCUCACAGUCGGAUCCACACAGGAGAGAAGCCAUAUAUAUGCUCAGGUUGCGGCAAGAGCUUCAGGCAAAAGGCCUCCCUCAUCACACACAAGAGGACUCACACGGGGGAGAAGCCCUUUGAAUGCGCCGAGUGCGGGAAAAGUUUCAUUUCCAGUUCCCGUCUCGUCAGCCAUAAACGGGUCCACACGGGGGAGAAACCCUACGAAUGCUUAGAGUGCGGGAAAUGCUUUAUCUCCAGCUCCCACCUUCUAAGUCAUAAAAGGGUCCAUACAGGAGAAGAACCAUUGAAAUGCUCGUAGAGCGCAAAGCAUUGCCGAUGUGGCACCAGGCUGGUUUCCAUGAGACUCUGGCGGGGAAUCCUAUAUCUCUGGGAUGGCAUAGCAUCUGUAGCUCCGAAGGCCGUUCCAUUUCCUCGAUGUACCAUUGAAAAGUUUUGUUUGUUUAUUAGUUUUAAAGAACUUUGGUGUGUUUUUUUUAAAAUAAGCCCAGGGAUGUUUCUGCAAGAUCUACUUUCUGGUUUGCUUGGUAAGGCCAGCUGACAUGCACUCUGGCCAUUGCGUACCUGUGCACACAUCAUCAUGUAGAAGAUGCAGGCUUGGCUUGUGUGAACAGCGCUCUGCACUUCCUGAAAGAGGCAGAAGGGAUCGUUCAUGGAUGUAAACACCAAGUAUGCAGGAUACUUUCCAAGCCAGUGGAGCCAAAGGAUUGAUUCAAAAAAAAAAAAAAAGUCUGCCUCACAUGACCGCUCUACCAGUCUUAGCAGCUGAGAGUGUGACCUAGCCUUGCUAUAAGAUAGAGCAGGAUUGGGCAAUUAUGGCCCUUUUAGGACCCACAGACUUCAACUCCCAGAAUUCCAAGGCAGCCAUGCUGGCUCAGGAAUUCUGGGAGUUGAAGUCCACAGGUUGUAAAGAUGCCGUAGUUGUCCAUCCUUGAGAUAGAGAAUAGCUGAGGGGAAAUAUGACAGUUGGAUCAUUGGAAAAUGAAGAGAUUUUUCUAGAUCCUAUGUCUGCCAUCAAGAGAACUUUUCCCUGUUUUCCCUCAGAGAGAACUCUAAAAAGUCCCUGAGUAGUCACUGCUCUGAAUAUUGUUAAAGAUGUAGGAAAUACUUAACCUGUGUAUAUUUUACACCCCUAAACUAAGCGUUCUCCAGUAAUUUCCCCCUUUCUGCCACAAAACUGCAGAUUGUGAAAUGUGGCCCGAGUAGAUGCAGGGAACACCUUAAGGCUGGGUUCACAUAACACUCUAAAUCAAUCUUUCUCAACCUUGGCAAUUUUGGACCUCAACUCCCAGAAUUCUUAGCAGUGGCGAUGCCGGCUGGAGAAUUCUGGGAAUUGAAGUCCACACAACUUAAAGUGGCCAAGAUGGAGAAACUCUGGGCUAAAUCCUAACUUCAGGUUGAUUAAAGCACAGUUGCUCAAUGUUAUUCACCUAAACACACUAAACAAGUAACGAGAGCUCAAUGAGAUGGCCCAGUUCACUCAACUCUCCAAGACAAAGAGAGGUUACACGUAGUCCUUGACUUAGAGGAGCCCACCCAUAGUCAUAAAUCAUGAAAAUUCUAAGACAGUUUUAUGGCCUUUUUGCAUAAAGCAAACACCAUGGUAUUAAGCAAACACUGAGGGCUUUAAGCAAACCAAUGGUUUGCUAUAGGCAUGGUUUUGCCGAUGGCGGUUUUCAGCGAAACUGAGGUAAAACGCAGUCACAUGACUUUGGGAUACUACAAAUGGCCGUCAAGGAACCCUUGUUGCCAAGCGCCCAAAGUUUGGUCACGUGAUUGCUGGAGGGGGGCGGCCAUCAAAACUUCGAAUUCGGGUCAUAAGUUGCAAGAAAGAUCCAUCUUAACUUUGGUUGCUAAGCAACCAGUUAUAAGUUGAGGACUACUUUCAAACCCAGAUCAGGAGUUACUCCUAGGAUGCUUAGGCUCUUGUAAUUGCACGGGAUGGCUGCUCUUGUAUCUCUUAUGCAGAUCUGGGAAACUGAGGCCCCUUUACUACCAAUGAACUUCUGUCUGGCUCAGGAAUUCUGGGAGUUGAAGUCCACGAGAUCAUAAAGGGGCCAAGGUUGCCCGCCCCUGCUCUUACACGUCAGCACUGCAUCCUGUAAUGUUUGGAGACUUACGGACUGAGAUGCCAGCAGAACGCAGGAGUAGAUGGCAUGAAUUUGCAUUGCCCCUCUUCUUAAUUUCUAUCAUCUCUCCCUUUACGUGUGUAAAAAAUGGGAAUCGGGAUACAUACUUGCCAAAAAGUUUGCGCAAGGGAGAAUUUGAGGAGUAUGACGUGUUUUGGUGAGGAAAAAAACAAUCAUUUUCACACAAGUUCACACAUGCGUGACUUGAGCAAUGUUCUCAUUGCAGAACAUGGGGACUUGGAAGAGAUACAGUGACAUCCGGUCUCUAGUGAACCUUUUCACCCAUACGAAGUCCUUCUUUAAAGCUUCGUGCAUCCAGCAAGCAUGUAGUUUGCAUGUCUGAACUGCUCCAGGGGGUGUUUUGUUUAUGUUCUGGAGAAUGGGGUGUGUUCUCCUAUCCCCAUGCCCCCGCGUGCAUGUGGGAAAAUAGGGAAGAGAGGGGGGUCUGGUUCAUUGCAAAGAAAGGAACUUACAGACAAAUAGGAAGGAAGAAGCUGGGGUAUGUCACUAUCAAAUGAGCGUGAUGGAAAGGGAACAUACACUGGAUGUAGAAAUUCUGCACACCCCUGUUAAAAUACCAGAUUUUUGAGAUGUAAAAAAAAAAAUCAGACCAAGAUAAAUCAUUUCAGAAUUUUUUUUCCACCUUUAAUGUAAUAUAUAAGCUGUACCAUUCACUCGGAAAACAAAAUUAUUUAGUGGGGAAAAAUUUAAAAAAAUAGAAUGAUGUAGCUGUAUAAGUAAGUUGUUCACACCCUCUUAUAAGUAGUGAUGUGGCUCUGUUCAGAAGUAACCAAUCGCGUUCAAACUGAUAUUAAAUAGUACAUACCUGCCAUCAAUUGCAAUGACUCUGAUCAAGCCUAUUAAUGUUCAGCUGUUCUAAUGGGAUUUUUUUCUGAUGUUUGCUCAGUUGCCUCUUACAGCAAAAACUUUGGUCUGCAAAGAACUUACAAAGCAUCAAAGGGACCUUUUGUUGGAAGGUAUCAUCAGGAAAAAAAAAUACAUAAAUGUUUUCGAGGCAUUGGAUGUAUCACGGAACACAGUGAAGACAGUCAUCAACAGUGGAGAAAAUAUGGUUACAACAACAGGGUCAUUACCAAGAACUGAAUGUUGUUUCAAAUGUGAUAAAAAGAGAACACUUUUGAGAUUUGAGAGGCUGCCCAAAAGGCCUACAGCAACAUCAAAGGAGCUGAAGGAAUUGCCGGCAAGUACUGGUUGUGCACUACAUGUGAAAAUAACUAAUACUUUGGGAGAAACAAUCGCCAGACAUCAACACCCCAAUCAGCAUUUAAAAAGCCACAUACAACAGGCACCAUAUAAAUAUCACACAAGAGAACAGUCCAAAGCACACACUCUGCUAGAGACAAGUUCCCUGAAAAGAUGGGCUCCGGCACGAAUCCAAAAGCCUUGGAUGGAAAACAACUGGUCCCAGUGACCGACCCAGAUUGGAUCCUCCAACGUUAUCCUGGGACAUGUAUAUUUGCCUUCACUCAUGACAAUCUCCCAUAUUUGUCAUAUAUCUAGACUGUGGGGUAGUGGGGCAAGAUGGAAGCCUUUUCUUAUUUAAAAAAAAAAAAUCCUAUCAAAGCCUGGCUAAAUUUUGCGAAAACCUACAUUUAAUUUGACAAAAGCAUGUGGGAGAAAUGUGUUAUGGUCUGAUGAGAUCAAGGUCGAACCUUUUGGCCAUUAAUUGCAAAAAAAAAAAAGAAAAAUGUUUGGCACAAAAGCAACACUGCACAUUAUACC